AUGUCUUUUCUUACUGACUUUCAGCGCUCUGCGGUUCAGAGUGCACAGAUCCUCCUUGAAAAUGCUGGUCUGUCUCCACAAGACCUGGAUUCAUUCUCAUUGUCGUCAUCAUCACCGUCACCACCACCAUCACCUUCAUCACCUCCUCCUAGUACUCUGCCUAAAUUCUGCCCUGCUUCUCUAUCUACUCGUAAUACCUGUCUAGCUGUUGCUGGCACCCGUUAUACCCCACCUCCUGCACAACCUUUUACAGUGGAAGAUCGUCUGCAAGGACGGCAUCGUGUCACGCGCAAGACUUCUGCACAUGCCAUCAUCAAGCACCCAAUUGGUGCCACAGUUGAGUACCCACAGACCGGAUGCCAUGCCGACGAAUCCGUUGCCCAUAUCUUUCAUAUAAACCCUUCCAUGUUUACUUCUACCUUGCAUCCUAAGUCGAGCUUCCAGUAUUCCUUGGGUGACGGGCACGGUGGUCAAAUCAUUGGGAAAUGUCUAAUGCUCCAUGAUGCUGGAGGGCAACCAGUUUCGUGCGCGAAGCUCAGAACAUCAUGCAAGGGCCUCAAAAUUUGUUCAGGAUGUCAGCAUGAUAUCUCUGCACACCAUUUCACCAAUGUUUCUGAAGUUUUAGCUCACCAUCCAUCUACCUUGCGACGACGAGGUCCUGCUGGCACUGCUGACCAAGAACUUUUCGAGAAAACUCUUGCGUUUUUUUGUUGCUCUUAUAGCAUAGAUAUUGAUGAUGAUUUUGAGGGUCUGACAGCUGACCAGUAUCUCGACAGCAUCUCUACCAGUUCUGAUACCGAUCUCCAUAUUGGCUGCAUACCAUCAAGUCGUCGACCAGUCAAAAAAAAAUGUAAUGGAAGACUUGUCAUGCAUUUUGAUGCAUAUAAUCAACCAUUUAUUCGAUGCAGCCUGCAUUCUCACACUGCACGCUCGCAUUUAUUCAUACAAAAUUUGCAGGAGAGUGAUACCUGCUACUUGCAGGCACUACUGAAUGACGACCACCACAUGAUUACGAAGUGCGAGCAACUUGCAAAGUCACAGGGAUAUGGUCCCCUGAUGCCGUGUAGUUUUGUUACUGGUCCAUCAUCACAAAAACAAGUGUGCUGUAUGUUUUUUUCCUGUGUUCUACGAAAAUGGGCACACAACUGUGCAGCAUCAUUUGACAUAUAUGUUCCCGAAGAUCUAUUUGCCUGCCCUCAAAUACUUGUCCUUUGCACCAACCCUCAUUCACAUCCCCCUCCUCUACCUGUCAAAACUCUGCCUCCCCUCAUUGAUGUAUUUCAUGGAUUAGUUUCCCUCAUGAAGUGGAAACUUGCAGAUGCAACACCACGACGAAUAUACCUGGAUACGGCCUUUGUUGAGGGUCUUCAUCGAGUGCUCAACUGGCAAUUUCCUGAUGGCCACGAUGCAAUGCUUCAAGACCUCCAUCCAUCACUCGCUAAUCUUGACCAUGUGCGUUGCCUUAUUAACAUAACGAGGUCUAUGAAGUACCCAAGUGGAACAGGAUUUGAAGGUGCACGUCGUCUUGCAAACGAACAUGCAUCCCUGCCUCUGGAGCAGCGCUAUGUCCGCUGUGCAGAAACACACGUCAUUGAAUGUGGUGUGGAGUUCAAACUGGUCGUGUGUAUGACAUCACGAAUGUCAUCACAUCUCAUACAAGCCAAAUGUUUGUCUAUUGACACCUCAUUCAAACGAGCACAAGGAUGGCAGGAGUUUGAGAUUGAAUCAUGGGAUAGUAUUAAUGGUUCUUCAGCUGUUGUUAGCGCUCGUGCCUUCACCACAUCACAAAGCGUGAAGGCACACUUAAUUCUCUUUCAGCGAAUUUUUGACAUUGCAUCUGCAGACACUGGCCAGUCUUUUUCAUUUCGCCACAUUCAUGGCUUCGGGUGCGAAAUUGUUAUUGCUACUCGGGGCGAAAAGUUUGGUGGAAAAGUCGCCUGCAGAGACGCCAUUCAUCGCCAUAAGCCAUGA